UCCUCAGAGCAGCAGGUCCCUGGAAGCAGCCAAACUGUCAAUGACUGCUGCAAACACAUGCUCACUCUCGGCUCGGCUCUUUCUUCAGUCGCUGCCAAGGAAAGAGGAGGAGGAGGAGGAGGAGGAGGAGAAGUGAGGCUGGAAGGAACAGACUGCAAACACACAGAUAGAGAAGAGAAAGAGACAGACUUGGACCAACCUCUGACUGCUUACCUCGCGCCUCUGCCUGGCUGACUGUGUGGGAGACAGGAGGCAGCCUACAAGUGAUGCCUCGCACUCUCUGGAGCAGAACGUAGUCAGGACUUUCUUCAGCUUUCUCUUUCCACAUUUUCCCCCUUCUCUGUUUCAAUGAUGAGGAGAGACCGCCUCGUCUUAGCUGCUACCCUCACAGCCAUCUUCUCCGCUGACCUCUACUUUAUCCUCUUACCAAAGCUGCGGAGCGUGGGGCAAGGGUCAGAACACUUUUGCCAAUGUGGUCCCAACAACCUCACCCUUCCCAUGCACGGGGGUCUCGCCACCCCGCAGCUCUACAACUUCACUUCUGGACAACUGGAUGGUACCACGCCUGAACCUGCUGAUGGGGGCUCAAAGUUGGGAAGGCUGUUUGCUCACCCUCUGUAUAACAUCCAGCCUCCGGUGCUGGGUCCGGAGGAGAGGCUGCUGCAGACGGAGCAGCUGAUGGAGUACUACAGGAAGAAGGUGUCACGCUGGGAAAGGCAUAUGAAGAUGUACAGCGAGGCAGCGGCUAUGUCCAACAUCAGUGUGACGGAACAGGAAGUGACCUUUGACCCCAACGCCAGCUGGCUGAAGUUCCACCUGGGAAUAAGCCGCUAUGCCCUGUACUCCCGCGACGACCCUGCUAUACCACAACUUGUCAAGGACAUGCAGAGCAUGGCGGUCGUCAGCGCAGAUUACACUCAAGAUGAGAAGGCCCUAAAAGGAGCAUGUGAUUGUACCCAAGUCGUGAAGCCCAGCGGACAUCACCUGAAACUGGCUCUGAAGAUGCAAAACUACGCUAAAGCCAUGUUCAAACCAAUGAGGCAGCAGAGGGAUGAGGAGACCCCAGAAGACUUCUUCUACUUUGUUGAUUUCCAGAGACACAAUGCAGAGAUUGCUGCCUUUCACCUGGACAGAAUCCUGGACUUCCGGAGGGUCCCGCCUGUGGUUGGCAGGCUGGUGAACGUCACAGGAGAAGUCCUCCAAGUCACGCACAACGAAGACCUACGAGCCGUCUUCUUCACCUCACCAGCGAACAACACGUGUUUCUUCGCCAAGUGUCUCUACGUGUGUAAAACUGAAUAUGCGGUGUGCGGGGGCCCCGACCUGCUGGAGGGCUCCCUGUCUGCCUACUUGCCCAGCCUCAGCAUCGCGCCCCGCAUCUCCAUCCCCAACCCAUGGAUACGCUCCUACAGCUUCACUGGACGAGAAGAGUGGGAAGUGAAUCCCUUCUACUGUGACAACAUAAAGCAGCUGUAUCCCUACAACUCAGGCAACCGGCUCCUCAACAUCAUAGACAUGUCCAUCUUCGACUUCCUUACAAGCAACAUGGACAGGCACCACUACGAGAUUUUUACUAAAUUUGGGGACGAAGGGUUCCUUCUUCAUUUGGACAAUGCCAGAGGGUUCGGGAAGCACUCUCAGGAUGAGAUGUCCAUCCUGGCUCCGCUGUCUCAGUGCUGCAUGAUAAAGAGCUCCACACUGCUGCGACUCCAGCUCCUGGCCAAGCCGGAGUUCAGGCUCAGCCACGUGAUGAGGGAGUCCCUGGAGGGAGACCCUUUACAGCCCGUCCUGUCGGAGCCACACCUCUUGGCACUGGACCGCAGGUUACAGAAGGUCCUGCGAGCGGUCCAGCGCUGUAUCCGCAGGCUGGGCGAGGACGAGGUGAUCACGAGGGACUUUAUCAAAUCCACAGCGAGACCCGAGACCGCCACAGCGGUGGAAAGGGUCAGGUAGCACAGGGCGAAAAAGGGGGUCGUCGAUACACUUCGUAGCUGCUCUUUGCACCCCGGAAGCCUUCAAGAUAAAGUGCAGCGAGCAAACCAGGCUCAGAUGGUUUUAAGGAACAAGCCAUAAAAUGGAAGACGCUGUGAAAUCUUCAGAGCGUGUCAGAAAGAAAGGAAUCUCAGCGUGGAGGGCAAAAA